AUGGCUCCAGGUGGCAGGCGGUUUAAGGCCACACCCAAGGCCACACCCAAGGCCACACCCAAGGCCACACCCAAGGCCACACCCAAGGCCACACCCAAGGCCACACCCAAGGCCACACCCAAGGCCACACCCAAGGCCACACCCAAGGCCACACCCAAGGCCACACCCAAGGCCACACCCAAGGCCACACCCAAGGCCACACCCAAGGCCACACCCAAGGCCACACCCAAGGCCACACCCAAGGCCACACCCAAGGCCACACCCAAGGCCACACCCAAGGCCACACCCAAGGCCACACCCAAGGCCACACCCAAGGCCACACCCAAGGCCACACCCAAGGCCACACCCAAGGCCACACCCAAGGCCACACCCAAGGCCACACCCAAGGCCACACCCAAGGCCACACCCAAGGCCACACCCAAGGCCACACCCAAGGCCACACCCAAGGCCACACCCAAGGCCACACCCAAGGCCACACCCAAGGCCACACCCAAGGCCACACCCAAGGCCACACCCAAGGCCACACCCAAGGCCACACCCAAGGCCACACCCAAGGCCACACCCAAGGCCACACCCAAGGCCACACCCAAGGCCACACCCAAGGCCACACCCAAGGCCACACCCAAGGCCACACCCAAGGCCACACCCAAGGCCACACCCAAGGCCACACCCAAGGCCACACCCAAGGCCACACCCAAGGCCACACCCAAGGCCACACCCAAGGCCACACCCAAGGCCACUUGCUCCCAAUGGUUGCAAGGAGAUGGUAUCAAUACAUGUGGUUUCUGUAUCAGGUUAUGUGGGACGAUUCAGUGCACUGGAGCCACCAGACAGAGGCAGAACACGCCAGUUCUGGUGGACUGGGACCACCAGAGUCUGCUUUAA